GGCGGCGGGAGGCGUGUAACAGUGACGCAAGCAGCCGCGACGCCAUUUGCUGCCGCCGAGCGUGGACGCAGGGAAGUCUCGGAAGAACUCGGUCGCGAGACUCUCCCGCGCACGCUAGCCAGCCACCAGUACCUGUUUAGUCCCGCGCGCUCCCUCGUGUCACCCCUCGGAGGAGUCGCCGCCGCCGUCGCCACCGCCACCGCCCCCCGGAAAGAAAUCAGAGGCUCCGCGAGGCCGCCGUUUCCGCCAUGCCCAAGAAUAAAGGUAAAGGAGGUAAAAAUAGACGUAGGGGUAAGAAUGAGAAUGAAUCUGAGAAAAGAGAGCUGGUGUUCAAAGAAGAUGGACAAGAGUACGCUCAGGUUAUCAAAAUGUUAGGAAAUGGAAGGUUAGAGGCGAUGUGUUUUGAUGGUGUAAAGAGGUUAUGUCACAUCAGAGGGAAAUUGAGAAAAAAGGUUUGGAUAAAUACUUCAGACAUUAUAUUGGUCGGUCUCCGAGACUACCAGGAUAACAAAGCCGAUGUAAUUUUAAAAUACAAUGCAGAUGAAGCUAGAAGUCUGAAGGCAUAUGGCGAGCUUCCAGAGCAUGCUAAAAUCAACGAAACUGAUACAUUUGGUCCUGGAGAUGAUGAUGAAAUUCAGUUUGAUGACAUUGGAGAUGAUGAUGAAGACAUUGAUGAUAUCUAAAUCGAACUCAACAUUUUACAUUCCAAUUUCUCUGAAGAUUGUCCUACAGUAUGGAUUUUGGCCAACACCCUUAAAGAAGAUUAAAAUUUCAUUAGCAUGAAUGCAAUUUGUUAAAGCAGACUGAUUUGUUUCUAAGGUAUUUGUGUUUCUUUAAAAACUGAUAAUGCUGAAUUACGUUAAGUGAGAUGUUAAGCCUACUUUGUUCUUUUGAUGUAAUGGAGCUUAUGGGUAGAUAGAAGACCACAUCUCCUAUUUUAAAAAAGAAAAAAAUGCAUUGCUGCCUUUCCUACUUUGACCACUUCCAGUAAGUAAAUGGAUGUUUCGAAUAAACCAUUUGCCUUGUAUUCAACAUGAAUUACGAUUAAGCCCUAGUUUUGACUAGCCUAUUGACUGUACAGAAUCUAUAUGUGUAUUCCAGUUACCUAGAUGUUCUUUGAGAUUUUGAUAAAAUGUGAGGGAGGCAGAAAUCUGCAUUUGAAGUCAAAAAUGAUAAGUCUGUUUUACAUAUUUAAGUAGCAUGUGGCUAUUUUUAUACUAAUUUUGAUAUUAUGUACAUUCUUUUCAUGAUCUCGUUUUGCCACCAUAAAC